AUGCUGCGCGAGGAGCAUGCGCUGGCCGAGGAUCUCUCCAUCGAGCGCACGCACCUCGCGGCCGAGCUUGAGGUCCAGCGCAUCGGCCGCCGCGGGCGCGAGGAGAUCUUCCAGGCCCGCAUCCAGCAAGUAGGAGGGGACCGCCCCUGGGGGUAUUUUUCUCACUAUCUUCAAAUUCCAAUGGAGAAUAGCUCUGCUGAGGAAUCUGAUAUUAGUGAUUCAGAUAUACCCGAAUACAAGGAGAAGAUCCAUGCCCAACUGCAGGCUGGAAAAAUGAAAGUUAAGUAUGGCGAGAAAGCUUUUCGAUGCCCCUUUUGCCUGGGAAAAAAGAAGCAGGAUUACAAAUUGAAGGACCUGCUGCAGCACGCAUCGGAUAUAGGAUCUGCUUCUAAGCGCAAGGCCAAGGAGAGGGCAGCACAUCUUGCACUUGCUAUGUAUUUGGAGAGGAAUUUAGCCAGCUCAUCAGGAAAAGGGGAUAGGCUAAGCACACAACUGUCAAAGUUCAAACCUGUUGAAGUUGCAAUUCUUGGGAAUUCCAAAGACCAAAUACUCUGCGCUAUCGUCAAGUUUGCUAUGGAUUGGAGUGGAUUCAAUGAUGCAUUGGACUUUGAAACCCAUUUCAUACAGAAUAAAUAUGGUAAGGUGGAUUGGAACAAAGAAGACUGUAGAAGGGACUAUCCUUAUGGAUGGCUUGCAAGAUUUGACGAUUAUCACUCACCUGGGCCAAUUGGGGAGCAUUUAAGGAAAAAUGGAUGUCUAAGAAGUGUUGGUGACCAGGAACGUGAAGGACAACAAGAAAUCAAGAGCUGUAUAGCUAAUUAUGUUUGCCAAAUAGAGGAGAAGAAAGAUAUCUGGAAACUGGAGCAGAAGAAAGAUCAAAAGGCCAUUGAACUUCGUAGGGUGAUGGAGGAGAAAGAUCGAUUGGUUCAAGAGCACAAUCAUAGGACAAUACAGAUCCAACAAGCUGCUUGUGAAAAAAUGAGCAAAAUGAUCGAGGACAGUCGUAGAUUGGAUAAAGAACUGAUGAUCUGGCAACAAAAAAAAGAUACUAGACGUAAGCAACUUGAAGACUUGGCAUCCAAAAGCAAUAUUGUGGACAAAACAAAGCUCAAAGAAGACAUAGAAAAGAAUGCAAAAGAGAAGGAGAGUCUUAAUUCAGCAAUCCAGAAGCAGAUAGAGGCACAUCAUGAACUUUUUCGUCUCCUUGAGAAACAAGAAUUGCAGGAGGACACAAAUGAUGCUUUGAGGGUGCUAACCUAUCUGGAAAGGCAAUUGGAUUCUAAACAUGAACUUGAACUGGAAAGAGAACAGUUGAAUGGGGAGUUAGAGGUUAGGAAGCAUACGGGAGCUGAGGAAGAUACAAAAUUGCAGGAGCAGCUUGAUGAGAUGCGUAAAAAACUUGUAGAGAUAGACGAGGAAAUAGAGGAUGCUAAGGAUACCAACCAGACCUGUUUUGAUAAAGAAAGAAUAGCUAGUGAGGAUCUGGAAGAGGCCAAGAAAGAGAUGAUAAGGGAAAAAAUUGAGGAAGAUCAUGAGAAGCUGCAAGCUUUAAAAUCUGAAUUUGGUGAGGAUGCGCACGGUUUAGUUGUCAAGGCCCUCCUUGAAAUGCACGAGUACAGCCCCUUCGAGAGGGAUCCCGUACCCGAGCUGUGGAACCAGAAGGAGGGUCGGAAAGGGACGAUUCCUGAGGCAGUGGCGUACCUGGUGAUGCAGUGGAAGUCAAACAAGAACAAGAACACCUACCGCUGA